AUGAACACACUUCGAUCAUUUCAGACAACUUUAACACCAAACUUCCAUGUUCUAUUCAAUGCCUCAAGACAUUCCAUUUCCAGAAACCAAUUUCUCUGUCUCUCGAAAUCCGGAGAUGGAACUUCGGAUUCAGAUUCUGAUCCGGAGCCUCCAAAACCCGAAGGAGACACUCGGAGACAAGAAAUGUUAGCCAGGAUCGCCAUGCUUCAGACAUCUAAAGUCCGCUUAACGGAUUUCUUGGACGAACGAUCAGAUUAUUUAAACAAGUUUGCUGAAGAAGCCAACGCCGAGUUUGACAAGGUUGGAGAAGACGCCAUGAAAGACCUUGACGAAGCAAGCUCAAGGAUAAUGGAGAAUAUUGAGAGCAAGAUGCAAGCUUUUGAGGAAUCUGCGGGAUUGAACAGAUUGGAGAUAGAAGAGAAUGAUAAUAAGUUGGCUGAGUUUGAGGAGAAAAUCGUUGAAGACAGGAACGAAGGAUUGUUCUUCAAGAGCUUACGUGACAAAAAGCCUGUGGAUAAAGAGAAAGCCAAAGAGGAAACUGAGAGAAUAGAAGAAGUUACCAAAGAAAGUGCAGGAUCAAAGACAAGACGGAAUAUCUACCUCGGGUUGAUUGGGAUCGUGGCUCUCUCAAUUGCUGAGUCCUUCCUUUCUUCACCGGAUUGGAGAAAAGUGGCGAUUCUUGGAGCAAUUCUUGUCCCGCUGCUCACUCAGUUCUUCUAUGAGCAGACAUUGUUAUCAAAAGAAGCAGAUAGUGGAAAAGGAAACAACAAGGAAUGA